AGUUCCAGUGGGAUUAUCUCUGCUUUUCACCUUGGCUUACCGGAAUCUUUAUUCGCUACAGAGCUUCAAGAAGCUGUGCAGAAUAAAGUGCAUUAUCCUUCACCUAGGUUAUACAUUGUUUCUUGCACGCUAUGUUUUCUCAAAGUCUUCAGCCGAGACUCUCAUCGGAGCAGUCCUCCUUUUUGGUCAUUUUUACUCCUCAGGUGGCAAUUGAUAUUGCAUUGCUCGCAUUGCUUAUCAGCUCAUGUCUUAUUAGAAGGCCGAGACAUGAUCCUAAAGCGAUUCCUUUCAAAACCCUCUUUGUCUCGCUUCUCGGUAACAUUAUAUCAACCAGUCUCGACGCAGUCUCUAUAUGGCGUGAUGGUCUACACUCGUACGCCGCAGUGGUGGUCGGGGAUAUUUGCAGUUAUCUUCCAACAUUCCUUAUUGCGAAUGUAUUAUAUCGACUUACGUAUGCCUACAAUGCGCAACGUCACAAUAGGCGCAUUAAGCCACAUCUUCUGUCAAACGUGCAUGGGAGUAUUUUGCUAAUCCUCUUCGUGCUUUCUUUCGUAUCGACCAUAACGUCCAUCAUCGUCACAUUUACGCGAAACGACCUCUCUGAGUCCUCUAUUGAGAUCGCCAAUGAUAAGAUCGCGUUCGCAUGGGAAAUUCUCUUCUUAAUUUCUUCCGUAGAGGUUAUGCUUGAGAUAUUUAUUAUUACCUGGAGACCAAAGGACCUGGGACUGUCUUCCAAGGGAAUAAUUUCCUUGAUACUUGGGAGCUUUUUCUUUUUCUUCUGGAACUUAUUUAACCUUGUUCCGGGUAUUCAAGCUCAAAACCUCCACUGCAGAUACGAUUACUACCCUUGGGGGUUGUCUGCUUUCUGCCAGUUUCUCCCUAUAGCAAACGCCAUCGGUUUGACUGGGUCGUACACAGGGAUUAUCUACUGUUGUAUGCAGUGGCAUAAACCAGGGACCCGUGGCCCAAGAAAACCAGUUACGGAAGAUGAGACGACGCACGUACUUACUGCCUCCGAAGAGAGUCUGCGUUAGAUCAUGGACUGCUCAAUCUUAAUAUGAAUAUCUUGAAGGUCCUCUGGUUGGUUUUAUGGAUGA